AUGGCUGCCACGAUUGCGUCCAACUCGCAGGACUGGAUCGCGUCCCAGUUGUCUGCGACAGCUGUGAACGCUUGCCCUUCACGAACCAAGUGGACCUAUGUGCAAGAUCGCAACGGCAUGAUGGUCAUCGAACCUGUCCUUGGCUUCUACUUUAACCCACCAUCUGACGCAAAGUGUCGCUGGUCUACUGAAAAGGGCACUCGUGCACCGCAGGCGAUCAUCAGAGGCCUGCCCCUGCCCGAUCGGGUGUUGAUCCUUUGGAACGACGACAGACUCGAGUCCGAAGCAGCUCGCAUCCGUGAAAAAUACUGGGACGAAAUGAAGACGCUGGUUGCCCCCCAACGAUUUGAAGAUCUCUAUGAGUAUUUCGACAGCGCCACCCUUUUCAUGUCCGGCGCGGUCAAUCUGUGGAACCUCAUCAACCUGCUCACAAAUGACGCCCGCCACAACUGGCGCAAGUAUGAGGAGGAUGUCGCUGUUGAGUGCGACAACUGGGUCCGUAACUGGCUCACUGGCGCCGCAUCCAACCGUGAGGCUUUGAUCAAGUGGGACAUGAAGAGCGACAUCCUCACGGCGGUCACCACCAAAUUCGAUUGGGACAAUGACCUUGGGGAUCUCGACCUUGUUGGUCAGCACAUCCUGCGCGAGUGUUUCUUGCAUCACUUUCAGCGCCUUACUGGCAAGAUGCCCAAUGUUGCACGCUUCAACACCCACGCCGCAACUCAGAAGCCCAUCGCAGCCGCGGCACCGAUGAUAGCUGCGACUGGUACUCCCGAUGAGGCCUCAACCAGGCCUGAUGAAGUGCCCAUCCCGUCGUCGUCCGCCAAGCCUCUCUCUACUAUCCCGGAGGAGAGCGCUGCCACGAAGGGUGCUACCAAGCCUCAAGGCCUUAGAAUCGACACGGGCCUCUACCUUCACAUCCCCGUUCAGACAAUGUCAGCACCUGCGACUGCAGUUCCACGCAUCAAAGUUGAGCCACAGCCUGCCAGGGAAGCCGAGCAUGUCUCGGAGGAGAGCGAUGGCAAAGAACAGACCGGUGACGACUUUUCCACUACUCAGGAUCUGGCUGCUCGUUUCCAGUCCACAGCGCGGCAGCUUUCAUCGCAGUCGACGCCUGCGGAGAGGCAGGAUGCCUUUCUCAACUCCACCACGAGCAACAUUGCGCCUCGUGUGGUCUCGGCCACGGAUACAGUCAGCAUGCCGCUGGACGCACAUCGACCGCAACAAAAACUGCCUGAUCAAGCUGGUACGGUUCCUCGCAACGUGUGCGGGAGCAAGCCACCUUUUCAGGGACCACCAAAGUCUUCCCAGGAUCAUGACCCGAAUCGCCAGCAGCUCCCGACCACCAUGUUCACUUUGGAUGGGGAACGCUCGAUUUCGCAGCAGGGAGUCUCAACUAGGCCUUCGCAGCAUAGCAUGCAACGCCUCGGGCCACAAGACCACGACAUGCGGCCACCUUCAAUCCGAGGCGUAUCCUCAAACUUCUGUUGCUUCCCUCACCCAAACACCGACUUCCAAUCGGGCGUCGGCAUGGAGCAGGUAUCUGGCAUGAACUUCCAGAAGCAGAUGCGAAUGCCCUUACCGAAUAUGGGCCAGUCCCAGCCAGGUCAUCCUCAGGCAUCUUCUAUCGACUUGCCAUGUCCCUAUACGGGCCAACAGAAUGUCGAACCUCCCAUGUACCAGCCUAAUGGGUACAUCCCCCACUCUCAGAAGCAACUUCGUCGUGAGAAGACAGACAAGAAUAAGCAGCACGAAGACCGUCGCGACAGCAUGACCUCAAAUGGCUCACGCAACAAGAAAGUUCGCGAUGAUCCCAUUCACGGGCCCGUGUACUCUUUGAAGCCGGCCAAGGACAGCGACAAGCCGCCUGGAAGGAAACCAACAAACUCAGACGGCUCUGUUGCCCCUGACCCUAAGGACUCUGCGUCUAAUCCCAGCUUCGACUGCCUGAACUCCGCGUUUGACCGGCCGUAUCGGCAGCCGCCCCCUCCCAAGUUCUUCGAUUGCUCGUGCAUUCGAUGUUUGAGGUCAAACAAGAGCCUUUUUGUGAGGCAUGAAAAAGCCCCCGGGGAACAGGUCCAGGCCGCCCUCAUGCAAUAUCUAGGCUCAUGGGGAGCCGAGAGGGUAAUUAUAUUUGAUGGGGGCUGCGGAUCCCUUGUGGUCUUCAGGAGUGACCAUGAUGUAGUUCGAGCCAUGAGAGACCUUUGCGACAGGCCAAACCGAGGAAGAGAUAUCCCGGGCUUGGGUAGAGUCUCCAGUCUUUGGUAUGCAUACUUUUCGAAGCAUUACACGUCUCCUUCUCAAAACCCCACUGGUCUUCCUCGACACCUUUGGGAGCCCAAGAGCAAUCGUCGUCGCUCGAGUUCAACCAUCAGUCGCGAUUCGAAUGCGUAUAGAAACCAGAUGCCAAACAACAUGCCCUUCAACACCUCGAGCGUUGGAAACUAUGGUCCUGGGCUACCGCCGCAUUACUUCAGGCACGGCGAGGUAGGUGGUCCAUCUGGUCUCAACUUGGUUCCUUUCUAUCCGCCACCAUCACAGCGUGUAUUGUGGGAUCCCAAUAGUGCGGAACAGAGCCGAAAGACCAGCAAGCCCGAGUCGAAAUCCAAAGAGCAGCUUGAUUACCAGCCAAAGACCUAUCCAAAGAGGCCCGAUGCUGUCACCACAUUGAGAGAGGAUUGGCGAUCAAAGCCGCCCGCCGAGGAGGCCAUUGAGGACAUCUCGAGCGAUGAGGCUGUUGCUGACACCUCUAGCAACGUCUCGUCUCAGGGUGCCAGGGGCGUCAAGGUCUGCUUGCCUAACGAGGCCGGGUCUUUGCGUUCACGAAGUGUUUCGCCUGAUGCUGAGCGUGCUAAGAUGACGGAGCAGGCCCAGAAAGACGCACCAAAGCUGAAAGACGCAGCAGGCUCAGAGGGAGACCAGGCCGAAGGUGGUGCACAACAGGGUGCAAAGGCACAGCUUGUUGCCAAAGAUGAUGGUGUGGCCACAUCCACUUACAGAAAGGCAACUGCAGAACUUGUUGCGCCAGUUGAAGAGCUUCACCCGAGAAACGAUGCCAGACAGGCGCAGCUCUUGGAGACGCCGAUGCGGAAAGGCCUGACUUCCUACAGCAAGAUCUCGGCCGAGCUGACUGAUGCUACCGAGGAUUUCAAUCUCAACACAGUGAUUCGACACAAACCUCCCCGAAGCCCUCUUCCAGAGGAAUGGUUGGCCACCUCAGAACAAGCUCCAUCCAACCUGCAGAGUCGAUUCGGCGCUCUGACUGGAGCAAUUGAGCAGGAGACUCUUGGCCAAGAUGUCAAUGCAAGGGUCCCAAUUGGAACGAGUGAUGGAGUGGCCACCGAGCUUCCAAAGGACGAGCAAGCAGCAUCUCACAAGCCCAAGGCAAAGAAGAAGUGGCCUAAGGGCGCAAAGGGCAAGAAGAACAAGUCGAAGGCCAGUAAUGGCACUUCUACGUCCUCUUCAGUGACUCCCACGGAAGCUCAGGCCCACGGCGAAUCUCGAGACUCUGACAACCGCUCCACGUCAGGAGCUCUGAGUGCUCAACCCGAGUCUGCCGCUGAUGAGAAGACCCAGUCACCCACGCGAUCCCAGCAUCUGACGAAGAAGAAGAACACCAAAAUCAAGCAAUCGUCGACCGCGGAGACAUCUUCGGCCCCUGACGGACAGAACAAGACCGAGGAAUCUCCGGAUCAGGAUCCCAAGGUGUCUGUCAAGGGUUCCCACACAAGUAAGCUCAAGACUCAGCAGUCUGGUCUUGCAAACGAGGGCCUUGUGCAGUCCAAGUCUGAGCUGGCCAACUUGAGAGAUCAUACAGAGACUGUAUCCGUCGCAGAGCAGCAUGACGGCCGUAAGGAGUCUGGCUCUGGCAACAAGGAAGAUGACCCGCUGUGCACGAAGAAGGACCGGUCGCCGCAAAAGCUUCGAGACCAUGGUGGCAUGAAUGAUGAACGAAAGUCACUUCAGAAUCAGCCGGUGACGGAGCCGCAGGUCGGGCUGGAUCCCCCUGUUGGCAGUGAUCUUAACAACGGCUCACCUGAAGCGAACCUCUUCCCCAAUCAAAAGUUCACCAUUGACAAGGUGAAGAGGGACUCCGCCAAGGAGUCAGACAUCCGCCACAGACAGGCGAGCGCCUUGCAUACCGCUGCCAAUGACGCACGCAUCGCUCUGCCCCGUAUGCCGCCCAACUCGAAGACAUCCGUCGCUUCGAGGGGACCGCGUUCCAAGAGUGACGACCCAUUCACAAGUGCGAGGGGCGAGCCGCAGGAGGAAAACUGGUUGAGAGAUAAGGCCGUCAGGACUCCACAGAAGCAAAACAGCGAGCCAGCCUCUCAUCAAACUUCCCCCACGCCUUCACCUGAGAAGAAGGCGGGCCACCAGUGCGGCAAGAACAAGCUGAACGCCGCUGCCAAAGCCUUUGAGCCCACGUCGAUCCCGGCAUCCCCAGCCGCGAGCGUUGCCUCGGUCCUUUCCGCCAAGGCCAUUCCGUUCCACACUAAGAAGCCCUCUCUGCCCGGCAACAAGUCGCCUGUCGAGCAGCGGCUCGUCACACCGGCGGAGCAGGUUGUCGACCCCGAUACAGUCUCUCAGCCCGGCCCUCCCACCAAGGAGAAGAAGCGCAGCGGGCCUGCCCCCGACCGCGGUGGGGACGGCGGCCAGAAGGGACGCGUAAAGUCAAUCGGCAAAGCAUCGGGUGCCGCGACGAGUAAGAAGACAGCAGCGCAGGCGGCGGCGACGGCCCCAAGCAUCGCAUCGAAGCUGGAGGAUGAGGGGGAGUUCCCCACGCUCGCCGCGGCUGCCACGGUGCCCCAGAGGAGGGCCUCGGCGGCCAUCAAGUCGUCCGUGCCAGCAGAUUGCGCACGCUCAAAGGCGGCCACUGCUACCGCCCCCAAGGCCUUCGCAGCGACACCCGCACCGAAGCCCCAGGUUACUUCGCGAAACACCACCAAACACGAAGAGGGCGGUGAUACAACGGUGCCCGCUGCUGACAAGCAAGGCGCGGGUGUAGGUGAGAAGGACAAGACCGAAAAGACCGACGAGGAUCAGUGGACGACUGUGGCAUCGGGAAAGAAGGCUGGUGUCAAGAAGAAUAAUACCGGCAACAGCAGCCGCACUGCUUCUGGCAAGUCCGGUGGUAGCGCCGCAGGACAGGGCGGUAGGGCAGGUGGGCAGGGAUCCCGUGGUGGAAAGGCUCCUGUUGGCGAGGAGCGCAAGGGAGGUUGA